AUGAGGUUCAACUUCUUGAAGGAGGAGCUCCUUCGCGAGGGUGGGCUGGAUGUGACGAUGAUGCAGCUGCGCAAGGAGUUCCCGGGAGAGGAUGGUGAGGAGUUCAUCAAGAUCAUUACGGCAGGUGCUUUGCCUUUAAGAGUCGUGCAGUGGACUUUGUAUUGUGAUGCCCCAUAUUUCCUGUCCCAAGUCCCAGCAUCCUGGCAGAUCGAGAUGAGUGGUGUGGUCGCCGACGGUGACCGCGCGUCCUUGGAGCCCGCUCUGACGGAUUUUGCUGAGACGCUGGGCAAGUCGAUGGGCUCUUUCGAGGAACUGCGAAUCAAGCCCAAGAAACAGGCCAAGGUCUUGACCCCGGAAGAGCAAGCCGACAAGAAACUGCAGAAGAUCUUCAAAGGGCUCGUCACUGCAGAGAAGAAGCUGAUGACUUUGGUCGAGGAGCUGAAAUCUGUGCCCUACUCGGAGGAGCUCCGGCAGGUUUUGACGAAGUAUGUGGAUGAUGUGAAAGUGAUGCCGAGCGAGUGGGAUAAGAAGAUUCAUCCUGCGAGCAGCUUGGAAGACAAGCUCUCUGCAAUCAGCCUCCUCGAGGAGGAUCUAAAGCCUAUCAACGAAGGGAUGCGAGAGGCCCGUCGGCGGAUCGGCAAGGCACCAAAGCAAAGCUCAGACGCCGAAACAGAUUAA